AUGGACAACCCAAAGAUGGUUCGGUGGCAAUCCCGGAGCCAUAACGGUACUCCGCGGGGUGCACAUGGCAAGGGUAGGCACCACACCACCGUCAUCACGGACCCCGAAACCUUCGACAAUGAGGGCAUUAACGACGAUGUGGUCAGCAGCGCGAAGCGGCCCCUUCUGGAGCAGUUUCCGCUCGACCCUCAGCCGAAUCCGUGGCUCCCGCGGAUUAUCAUCGGCCUGUGGCUUGUUAUGACACCGCUGGCAAUAUACUAUCGCAAGGAAAUAACAGACUUUGUUCGCGCUGUCGCCGUGAAGGGCGCUGAGCAAGGUUCCUUGCUGUACGUCUACUUCGUACUGUUGUUCAUCCUCGCGGUCAUGUGCUGUGUCUCGCUGGAGAUUAUGAUUAUUUCCGGCGGUUUCAUCUUCACCCACUUGCACGGCCAUAUGGCGGGUGUGGCUAUCGGCACUGGUUUAAGCUUCGUCGCGUAUUUCAUCACCAUGCUGAUCUGUUUCCUGAUCAGCAGGUACGUGCUCAAGGGCAUCAUCAACCGUUACUUGCGCCACUACAAGUACUACGGUGCGCUAAUUCGUGCUACCGAGCUUGAGGGAUUGUCACUGGUGGCGAUGGUCAGGCUUUCUCCGUUCUUCCCUCCGACGCUCGUGAGCUACAUUUUCGGCAGCACGAACGUUUCCGCUCGCCACUAUUGCCUCGCCAGCUUCGCCGCGAUCCCGUCCAUUACUUUCUUCACGUACAUCGGAUCGCUGAUCGAGAACAUCUCCGACGAAACAACGUUCAGAUCCUCCGAAAUCGAGUACCGAAAUCGCGAUGUUCCUGACAGCAUCGAUCCUGAUAACUGUCGCUGGCGUGUACUAUACAUACAUGGUGACGAAGCGUCACCUGGAGCCCAACCGCUCCCCACGGCCGGCGGCGGACGCGGAGAGCGCAGCGGCCUAGAUGCGCUGCAGCCACCCUCUGCGGCGUAUUACAGCCGCAUUAACCGGGUCAGAGGUGAUGACGACGAUGGCAGCGAAGGACCAAUUCAGUGCUGUAGCAAGGCCGAAAGCCGCGUCCUUGUACUCAGUGCCGAGCGCCUCCGCGAAGUAGAGCCACAUGAUACCACCGAAACCAAUGGCGAACCCAACCAUGAAACCGAUGCAACCAGCAACCAUGACAUACUUGGCCCAUUCGGCCUUGACGGUCAUCUUGACGAUGACAGCGGGUACCAUGAAAGCGGCCGAGAGUCCGAUACCGAACAUGAGUAG